AUGGAUCCCAGUUCUCCACAAUACAAACUCCUAGAGCCAUCUAGCGUUAGAGGUGGAAUAUUGCAAGAUGGGACGAGGCCCAUUGAAAAAAUGUGUUCUGGAAGAAUGGGCGUUCUUUCCUCUGAGACUCCUUCUCCUUUAGAUCCGACAACAGACUGGAGUUAUUUUGGUUUCUACCAUGUAUCCCAUGGAAGUGCAGAGAGAGAACGAACUGGAGUUUUACCUGAGGCGUCCGGAUACUCUACAAACCGAUUCCAAACGGCAGACAUAUACUUCAUUAGUCAUUGUCAGAACACCUAUAAUCGAAACGAAUACCCAGCAUGCUCUCCCAUAUAUCAUUACUGGCUAGACUACUCUCGGGGAUCACCUGCCUACCCAGGCCAGGUAGAGCCGCUUUACACAGAACCAAAAUUAAGCCUGGCCAAGCCUCACAUUGGUCAUUCACAUUGCUAUGGAGUGUCUUCGGGGUCUCCCCACGUUGGAAUACGCACAGUCCCAAGAGCUUUAGUAUUAGGGUUCCCAUGUUUGUGCCCAAAGACACCCACGAGACAGAGAAAAAAUAGAAUUCCAUACAGCAAACAUCUAAGGGCUGAGCUGGAAAAAGCUUUGGAUAAAUUCGUUUCCCCUGAAAUUAGAUUAAACAUUUCAUCAAAACUCUCUCUGACAGAAAGACAGGUCAAAAUAUGGUUUCAAAACCAAAGGCAGAAGGAAAAGAAACUUCUUCGCGUGCAACAACGCAUAAAUUAA